AUGGUGGAGAACUUCUAUAACUUUUUUGCUAAUGUUGGUAAGGAGGCUUAUGAAAAAUCCAGAGAAAAUCUUCCUGUGCAAGAGAGUGAAGAGAUUAUUACUAAUGCUAAUGAUGAAAUUCAAAACGCUAACAUUUUUAGACUAAAUCCUGUUGACUGUAAUACUGCCAUUUUAACUAUAGAAUCACUAAAAGAAAGUAACUCUUAUGACUCUGACGGAAUUUCCUAUCGGUUUAUAAAAGAUUCAUUGCCAGUAAUUGUCUUCUAUAUCAAGGUUAUCCUAAAUACCUCAAUAGUCACAAACACUUUCCCUGACUCUUGGAAACUUUCUCAUGUGAUUCCCCUAUAUAAAGGUUGUGAUAAAGAUAAUAGCCAGUAUGGAUUCCGUCAGAAGCUUUCGACUGACAAUGCUCUUAUGAAGGUUAGCGACAAAAUAUAUGAUAACAUAGACAAGAAAAAGUUAUCUCUCCUCAUACUACUAGAUUUAUCAAAGGCAUUUGAUGGUGUGAACCACAAAAUACUGAUGAAAAAGAUUAAGAUAUUGAAUAUUGAUCCCCUUUAG